GUGCAGUUGUACAGUUUGCUCAUCGUCUUACUGCAAAAAUGAAGCUGAGACUGAAGCUCCUGCUCAGUUUCGCUCUCAGCCUCUUGCCGUUGUGUUCGACUCAAGAGUGCAAAAGCCACCGACUAAGAGGCGUGAGAAUUCAGCUAGCUUCAGGGCCGAGAAAUAUAACCGUUUCGCUGGAAAAGAAUCACCAGCUGGAUGUAACACUUGGGGACAAGAAUCGAAAAUCGUUUACUAAUGAAGGAAGAAAAUGCCAUACCAUUAACAUCAAAGAAAAAGAAUCCAAGUUCUGCGUCGCCUCUCCAACACUGCCUUUUGAAGAGACGUGUGGGGACGGUGGCGACGCGCUCUUCCUUUUGAGUAGUAUGACGGCCACGUGGACGCUGGACUGCCCUCCUGACUUCAGCGCUCGGAUUGGUUCCUGUUCCGGCGAGCUUCACCCUCAGCGCCUCCAGGCGGUGCUCCUUGGCUCGGAUUCCGAAUACUUUGCCUUCAAGUGGAGGCCGAACCUAAGGGAUACUUCCAUCCUUCCGUCAUGGGAAAACUUCGGACAAACGUUCAGAGGACAUAACCCAUCGGGAUGGAACGAUAUCUCAGUCAGCCGUGACGUCAGCGGUGAGUGA